UCACGCUGCGGGAUUUUUGGAGGGGAAAGUCGUGCGGGAUUUCUGGCAGUAUUGGGCUGGAUCUGUUCGCGAAUCGUUCACAAGUAAUAAGGAUUUAGUGAAUUGUCGAAAGAAAGAGAUGUCACGGGUGAAAUCAGACAAACUGGGAAAUGGCGGAAAAUGUGAAUUCAGUGUAUGGUCGCGGGCGAUUACUGCGAAUUCUCAGUGGCCAGACAAGGACGAAUUCCUCGACGUCAUAUACUGGUCACGUCAGGUGAUCGGAAUCAUCGUUGGAAUUAUAUGGGGUCUGAUACCCUUAAAGGGUUUUGUAGCUCUGUUGUUGUUUGUUCUAGUCAAUGCAGGAGCGAUGUACGUAUACUUUAGUAGUUAUCAACAAGUCGACGAGGAAGAAUAUGGCGGUGCUUGGGAAUUAACGAAAGAAGGGUUCAUGACCUCAUUUGCUGGGUUUUUGGUUACGUGGAUCAUUAUAUAUUCUGGUCUGCAUUUUGACUGACUCGAUUUCACUCGAUCUAGACUUUGAAGGAACAGUGACAAGAAUGCUAAAAUCACAGAAACUCUAGACAAGGUUGUGAUGUGUGACAUCUACGUUGCAAUCAGUGAUGUGAAUAAUGGAGAACUAAGUACAAGUUCAGCAAUUCGAAUGCUAUAUAAGGAUAAGAGUUUUUUAAAUCCAGCCUAGAACAUAAAUAGAUUAAGUAAAAUUGACUUUAUUGCUAUGAAACUAUAGUCCUUGAUACAUUCUCAAAAUGCCACCUGAAGGUAUUCUUACCUAGACUUAAAAUACUAAGGACACUUAGUAAUAUUUAUACAUUCGAUGUUCACAUUUGGACAACGGUAUCUAAAGACUUCCAUCUGUGUAAUAUCCCUGUCAAUAAUUCGUAUAAGGGCAUUCAAUAUGUUGGAUUAUUACUUUACACCGUUAUCGCAAUAACCGUGUUAAGUAGACUGAUGCUUUUGAGUCAAGUAUUUUUUUAAUCCUAAUACUGGACAAACAAUGGUGCUGGCAAAUGAAACUUUUUCUCUUUAGUUAUAUUCACAUAAAAUAAGAUCUGUUGUUCGGUUAGACACUGAAGAAAAUAAAACCAUGCAAUCUA